UCACUGGACUAAACAUGCUGAAAUCCAACUCCCCGAAGCUGAUGUACUAUCUAAACUACAGGGAACCCAGGAAGGCUGUUCUCUAUAAAGGCUCCACGGGCCUGGGCUUCAACAUUGUAGGUGGUGAAGAUGGCGAGGGGAUUUUUGUCUCCUUCAUCCUGGCAGGAGGGCCCGCUGACUUAAACGGAGAGCUGAGACGAGGUGACCAGAUCUUAUCGGUAAAUGGAAUUGACCUACGAGGAGCCACACAUGAACAAGCAGCAGCAGCACUGAAAGGAGCUGGACAGGUUGUCACAAUCGUUGCCCAGUAUAGACCGGAAGAGUAUGGCCAUUUUGAAGCCAAAAUCCAUGAUCUACGGGAACAGAUGAUGAACCACAGCAUGAGUUCUGGGUCGGGAUCCCUGCAAACCAUUCAAAAGAGAUUGCUCUAUGUGAGGGCACUGUUUGACUAUGAAAAGUCAAAGGACAGUGGCCUCCCCAGCCAAGGGCUCAGCUUCAGGUAUGGGGACAUCCUACAUGUCAUCAAUGCCUCAGAUGAUGAAUGGUGGCAAGCCCGCUUUGUCACCCCGCAUGGGGACAGUGAGGAAAUGGGUGUUAUCCCCAGCAAGAGACGGAUGGAAAGGAAAGAACGGGCACGUCUCAAGACUGUGAAAUUCAAUGCCAAGCCAGGGUCAUUUGAAUCAAAAGGGGACAUCCUGGGGAUUGGUGAUGAUGGGUAUAGGACAAAGACAUUCAGGUGUCAAGAGGAUGUUAUUCUCUCCUAUGAACCUGUGAUGCGGCAAGAAAUAAAUUAUGCCAGACCCAUCAUAAUCCUCGGACCAUUGAAGGACAGAAUUUAUGAUGAUCUGAUAUCAGAAUUCCCAGACAAGUUUGGGUCUUGUGUGCCACAUACCACUCGGCCAAAGAGGGACUAUGAGUUGAACGGGCAAGACUACCACUUUGUGAUGUCCAGGGAUCAAAUGGAGAAGGACAUCCAAGAGCACAAGUUCAUUGAGGCGGGAGAGUACAAUGAUCAUCUAUAUGGAACAAGUGUCCAGUCUGUGAAAUAUGUGGCUGAAAGGGGCCAAUACUGCAUUCUGGAUGUGUCUGCAAAUGCCAUCAAACAACUACAAGUGGCACAACUGAAUCCCAUCGCCAUCUUCAUGAAACCAAAGUCUAUCGAUUCAUUAAUGGACAUGAAUAAGAGCCUGAAAGAGGAACAAGCCAAGAAGACCUUUGAACGGGCUCUGAAGAUGGAGCAGGAGUUUGGUGAAUCCUUCACAGCCAUGGUUCAAGGAAACACCUUCGAGGAUAUUUAUAAAACCUGCAAACAAGUCAUAGAAAGACAUUCUGGACCGUACAUCUGGAUCCCCUCAAAGGAGAAACUAUAACUUUGUUGAAGUUGUGAAGUGUAUUGUGUAUGUGCUUAUGUUGCUGAGGUUUUUUUCAUAGUUUUUUCCUCCUUUCCUCUCCUCACGUUGUGCUGUAUUUCUUUUCUUUCAUCUCUGUCUCCCUGUCCCCCUGUCCUGUCCACCUCUGUCAUAUUGGAUGUGUGUUUAAGUAUACGUUUUGGACGGGUUGAUGGCUAACUUCGUUGUCCUAGUACUUGUUACUCUGUAAUGACAAUAAAGGAAAUCUGAAUAAUAACUAGUCACGCUGGAAUGGAGUCUGGACAGCUAGAAACGACUAAUGAGUUGUAAGAUAUAACCAUAGUCUUCAUUAACAAGAAUUGUGUAUAUAUUUCAGGUAUUUUUUAAAAUAUUUUUAGUUUUGUUCGGUUAUUGUUUCAAUUUUCAUGUGCCAUUAUUGUUUCUGAAUGUAGUCCACAAAGCAAAAUCUAUAACAUAAACUAUUUGCUGAUUUUUACUUAAACAAAAACUAAAAGAAUUGAAUGAAAGCUAAUUCAAUUAAGUCUGUCCACAACGACACUAUGAAUUCUGAGCUUGUUUAUGCAAAUUUGAGCCAGCGUGAAGUCACCCCCCGAAUGAGUCAGACAAUUGUUAUUACACGAUUGUAUCAAUGCCUGGAGUGAAUAAAACUCUGAUGUGUUUUGUUUUUUAAUGAUGACAAACUAUUAUACAAAAUAUUUUUCAGGCUAUAUCAUUUAUCACUAAAACAUCAUUAAAGAUAAAUACAUCCUGCAAGCAUGAAAUUCUUUUAACAGGCUACUAGCCGAGGCUAUUAAAUGUUGUAUUCUGCCAUUAAAUUUAACGCGCCGCUGUUAUCCAACUCCGACACCAGUGGUAACUCAAUGUCUCUUCCAUCGCUGGUUCUGCCCGAAUAGAAACAAUUCUGCCACACACACCUCUUUCGGGACAGAAUUCUUACUAAA